AUGGCGGACCAAAAUAUUUCCCAAUACAAGUACUCGGCGAUGUCCAACCUGGUUCUCCAGGCGGAUCGUCGAUUCAUCAGUCGCGUCAAUGACGAGCCCACUGGUGACCCAGAGUCUCUCGCCGGCCGGAUUGGCAUUCGCGAAAUGGGUGCGCGAGUCGCGCGCGACGAUAUUCCGAAGUCGAAGAAGAAGACCGCCGCAGAACUCGAGCGCGGUGCAAUUCACGAAGGCGAGGACGUGCUUCUGCGGGAACAGAGGAAACGCCAGCGCGGCCAGCCAGCGCAACAACGAGGCCAGGGUAUCCUUUCAGCCGCCGAUGCCCUAGUCGAGGGCCUCAAGUAUCGCCCCCGAACACCUGCCACGCGAGCCACAUACGACCUCAUCCUGACGAUAACCGGUACCAACCUUGGCGAUGUCCCCCACGAAGUGGUUCGGAGUGCGGCCGAUGCUGUACUGGAGUUGCUGAAGGACGAGGAUAUGAAGGAUUUUGAUAAAAAGAAGGAGAUCGAUGAUCUGUUGGGCACCUCAAUGAAUCCCAAGGAGUUCAAUGAGCUUGUCAACCUAGGCAAGAAAAUCACCGACUACGAUGCUCAAGACGAAGACGAGGAUAUGGACGGUGGCCUAGACGAGGGUGACGGUGAACUCGAUGAGCGCCAGGGUGUGGCCGUUGUCUUCGACGAGGAGGACGAGGACGAGGAGCGCAUGGGCACCGUGGACGAAAUCCGUGAUGAGGACUCCGAUGAAGACGAACUCGACGAGCAAGAUCGACCCGAAGCCUACGAAGGUGCUGCUGAGGAACUGGAAGACGGCGAUGAAAUGGUUCUGGAUGGUGGUCUAGACCGGGGCGACAAGGCCAAGGAUAAAUCUGGACUGGCAGUGCCUGCCCGCGAGAUCGACGCAUACUGGCUCCAACGUCAGAUCGGCGCUGUGUACCCCGACGCUCACAUCCAACAAGAGAAGACCAAGGAGGCCCUCGACAUUCUCGGUGGCCAAGCUGAGGACGGCUCAGAGAAGCCCCUGCGUGAUGUCGAGAACGACUUGAUGGAGCUUUUCGACUACGACCACCCCGAUCUCGUCGCCAAGCUGGUGUCCAACCGUACCAAGGUGGUUUGGGCCACUCGCUGGAGGCAGGUUGCUGAAGAUGCGGACGCAAGGAACCUUGUCGAGAGCCAGAUGGUCGAGGCUGGACACCGUGCCGUUUUGGAUGAAAUUCGGGGGAAGACCACUGACGAUCUUGCCCACCGGCCCGAGAAGAUCAAGUUGGACUUGAUGGAUGUCGAUGUUCCUUCGGCGCCAGAAGCGCAGGAACAGAAACAAGUCGGUGAAAAUGGCUUGGUCGGUGGUCUCCAGCCCAAGCGACUGAUCAACCUUGAGAAUCUCGUCUUCCACCAGGGCAACCACCUUAUGACCAACCCCAAUGUCAAGCUGCCUCAAGGUUCGACUAAGAGAACCUUCAAGGGCUACGAAGAGAUUCACGUCCCCCCGCCUCAAGCAAAGAAGCUGCCUGGCGAGAAGAACAUCCCCACGACAGAACUUCCUGACUGGGCACGUGUGGGCUUCGGAAGCUCGAAGGAGCUGAAUCGCGUUCAGACCAAGUGUUACCCGACAGCCUUUCACGAUGAUGGCAACCUGCUUGUCUGUGCUCCCACUGGUUCCGGUAAGACCAACGUUGCUAUGCUCACUAUUCUCCGAGAGAUUGGCAAGAACCGCAACCCUGAAACUGGAGAGAUCAUGCUUGACGACUUCAAGAUCAUCUACAUCUCUCCCUUGAAGGCCCUGGUCCAGGAACAGGUUGGAAACCUUGGAAAUCGUCUCAAGCCGUAUGGCAUUCGCGUGGCAGAGCUUACUGGUGAUCGUCAGCUCACCAAGCAGCAAAUCGCCGAUACUCAGAUUAUUGUCACCACCCCCGAAAAGUACGAUGUUAUUACCCGCAAGGCGUCAGAAACCAGCUACACCAAUCUUGUCCGCCUUAUUGUUAUUGACGAGAUUCACCUUCUCCAUGACGAUCGUGGUCCCGUUCUGGAGAGCAUUGUCAGCCGUACAAUCCGUCGAGUUGAGCAGACUGGCGACCCUGUCCGUAUUGUUGGUCUCAGUGCUACUCUCCCCAACUACCGCGAUGUGGCAAGCUUCCUCCGAGCAGACCCCGAGACGGGCGUGUUCCACUUCGACGGCUCGUACCGCCCUUGCCCUCUGAAGCAGGAAUUCAUCGGUGUCACCGACAAGAAGGCGAUCAAGCAGCUCAAGACUAUGAACGAUAUUUGCUACAACAAGGUUAUGGAGCAAGUCGGCCAGAAGCGAAACCAGAUGCUUAUCUUCGUGCACUCGCGCAAGGAAACGGCAAAGACGGCCAAAUACAUCAGAGACAAGGCCAUCGAGAUGGAGACUAUCGGACAAAUUCUUCGCAGUGAUGCUGCCAGCCGUGCUAUCCUCUCUGAGGAGGCUGAUUCCGUUGACGAUGCGUCCUUGAAGGAUCUUCUGCCCUACGGUCUUGGUAUCCAUCACGCUGGUCUGAGUCUUGCGGAUCGUGAUUCCGUCCAGGCCCUGUUCGCCGACGGCAGCAUCCAGGUUCUCGUCUGUACCGCAACUUUGGCUUGGGGUGUCAAUCUUCCUGCCCACACUGUCAUCAUCAAGGGAACCCAAGUCUACUCUCCAGAAAAGGGUAGCUGGGUCGAGCUCAGCCCGCAAGAUGUUCUCCAGAUGCUCGGACGUGCCGGUCGACCGCAGUACGAUACUUUCGGUGAAGGUAUCAUCAUCACUUCUCAGUCUGAAAUUCAGUACUACCUUUCGCUCAUGAACCAGCAACUGCCCAUCGAGUCUCAGCUCAUGAGCAAGCUUGCUGACAACCUGAAUGCUGAAGUUGUGCUCGGCAACGUUCGCACUCGCGAUGAGGGUGUCGAGUGGCUUGGUUAUACCUACCUCUACGUCCGCAUGCUCCGCUCCCCUGGUCUGUACAGUGUUGGCGCCGACUAUGAGAACGAUGAUGCUCUAGAGCAGAAGCGUGUUGAUCUCAUUCACUCUGCCGCGACAGUCCUUGAGAGGGCUGGACUGCUCAAGUAUGAGAAAAUGACCGGUCGGCUGCAGUCCACUGAGCUUGGCCGCAUCUCCUCUCAUUACUACAUCGGUCACAACUCGAUGCUGACCUACGCCCAGCACCUCCAGCCUUCCAUCACUACUAUCGAACUCUUCCGCAUCUUCGCCCUUAGCGAUGAAUUCAAGUACAUUCCAGUUCGCCAGGAUGAGAAGCUGGAGCUUGGCAAGCUUUUGGGCCGUGUGCCGGUCCCUGUCAAGGAGACUAUCGACGAGCCUCACGCUAAGAUCAAUGUCCUUCUUCAGGCUUAUAUCUCCCGUCUGAAGCUAGAAGGUCUUGCUUUGAUGGCCGACAUGGUAUACGUCACCCAGUCCGCCGGUCGUAUCAUCCGUGCCAUUUUCGAGAUUUGUCUGAAGAAGGGCUGGGCUUCCGUGGCCAAGACUGCUCUCGACCUUUGCAAGAUGGCUGAGAAGCGUAUGUGGCCCACCAUGUCCCCUCUGCGUCAAUUCCCAGGCUGCCCCAGGGAUAUUCUGCAGAAGGCUGAACGGAUUGACGUCCCCUGGCCCAGCUACUUUGACCUCGACCCUCCCCGCAUGGGUGAGCUGCUCGGCAUGCCCAAGGCGGGUCGUGUUGUUUGUGACCUUGUCUCCAAGUUCCCUCGACUUGAUGUGCAAGCUCAAGUGCAGCCCAUCACUCGCUCCAUGCUCCGUGUUGAAUUGACCAUCACACCCAACUUUGUUUGGGAUGAUGCCGUGCAUGGAAACGCGCAGGACUUCUGGAUUCUGGUCGAAGAUUGCGAUGGUGAAGAGAUCCUGUUCCAUGACCGGUUCCUGCUCCGUCGCGAUUUUGCCAUUUCCGAGAUGAACGAGCACAUGGUCGAGUUUACUGUUUCGAUUACCGAGCCCAUGCCUCCCAACUACUUCAUCUCCCUGGUAUCCGAUCGCUGGAUGCACUCUGAGACGAAGAUUGCCGUUUCUUUCCAGAAGCUGAUUCUCCCCGAGCGCUUCCCUCCCCACACCCCUCUGCUGGAUAUGCAGCGUGCUCCCGUUAAGGCUUUGAAGCGCGAGGAGUACCAGAAGCUGUACCCCGACUGGGAGCACUUCAACAAGAUUCAGACUCAGGUUUUCAAGUCCGUCUUCGACUCGGAUGACAAUGUGUUCGUUGGCGCCCCGACUGGAAGUGGCAAGACUGUUUGCGCUGAGCUGGCUCUACUCCGUCACUGGUCCAGUGAAAACGAGGGUCGUGCGGUUUACAUUGCUCCGUUCCAAGAGCUUGUUGACCAGCGCCUGGCUGACUGGGAGAAGCGAUUAGGCAGCAUCGGCGGUGGCAAGACCAUCGUGAAGCUUACUGGUGAAACAACGGCUGAUUUGAAGCUUCUGGAACAGGCUGAUCUUGUCCUUGCCACACCUGUCCAGUGGGACGUGCUCUCCCGCCAGUGGCAGAGACGCAAGAACAUUCAGACUGUCCAGCUGUUCAUCGCUGAUGAACUUCACAUGCUCGGUGGCUUUAGUGGAUACGUGUACGAGGUGGUCGUGUCCCGUAUGCAUUACAUCGCUUUGCAGACCGAGAACGAGAUGCGCAUCCUCGGCUUGAGUGUGCCGCUGUCCAACGCUCGCGACAUUGGCGAGUGGAUCGGCGCCAACAAGCAUACCAUCUACAACUUCAGCCCGCACGCUCGCCCUGUCCCCUUGGAGCUGCACAUCCAGUCUUACACCAUUCCUCACUUCCCCUCUCUCAUGCUUGCCAUGUCUCGGCCUGCCUACCAAUCAAUUCUGCAAUUAUCUGCCGACAAGCCCGCUCUGGUCUUUGUUCCCAGCCGCAAGCAGACUCGUUCCACAGCGAUGGAUCUUCUGGCUGCAUGUGCAAUGGAUGACAAUGAAGAUCGGUUCUUGAAUGCAGAUGUUGAGGAGCUAGCCCCACUGCUUUCUCGCGUCCAGGAGCAAACCCUUGCCACUUCAUUGAGUCACGGUAUUGGUUACUAUCAUGAGGCUUUGAGCCAGACCGACAAGCGUAUUGUUUCGCAUCUAUUCAAGAUUGGCGCCAUCCAGGUUCUUCUCGCCUCGCGUGAUGUCUGCUGGGAGUUGGAUGUCACUGCGCACCUGGUCAUCGUGAUGAACACACAGUUCUUCGACGGUCGUGAACAUCGCUACAUCGACUACCCCAUCAGCGAGAUCCUUCAGAUGUUUGGCAAGGCUUCUCGUCCCGGUGUUGACAAGAGCGGUCGUGGUGUUCUGAUGGUCCCUGCCGUCAAGCGUGAGUAUUACAAGAAAUUCCUCAAUGAGGCUUUGCCCGUUGAGAGUCACCUCCAGGUCUACCUGCACGAUGCAUUUGUGACGGAGGCUAGCACUCGUACCCUCGCUUCCACGCAAGAUGCUGUUGACUGGAUGACUUACACCUACUUCUACCGCCGUCUUCUUGCAAACCCCAGCUUCUACGGCCUCAGUGAUGUAAGCCACGAGGGGCUCAGCACCUUCUUGUCAGAGCUGGUCGAGACCACCUUGAAGGAACUGUCUGAUGCCAAGAUCAUCGACCUGGAUGAGGAAGAUGAUAGCGUGUCCCCUCUGAACGCCGCUAUGAUCAGCUCCUACUACAACAUCUCCUUCAUUACCAUGCAAACCUUCCUGCUGUCUCUCUCCGCUCGGACAAAGCUCAAGGGUAUUCUGGAGAUCGUCACUUCGGCCACCGAGUUCGAGUCCGUCCAGAUGCGCCGGCACGAAGACCACAUCCUUCGUCGUGUUUACGACCGUGUGCCAGUCAAGAUGUCCGAGCCUGCGUUCGACUCCCCGCACUUCAAGGCGUUCGUUCUCUUGCAAGCCCACUUCUCGCGGAUGCAACUUCCCAUCGAUCUUGCCAAGGAUCAGGAAGAUAUCGUUCGCAAGGUUCUCAACUUGCUCAGUGCCUGCGUGGAUGUGCUCUCCUCGGAGGGCCAUCUCAACGCCAUGAACGCCAUGGAGUUGUCGCAGAUGGUGGUCCAGGCCAUGUGGGAUCGCGAUAGCCCCCUCAAGCAGAUCCCUCACUUCUCGCCCGAGGUCAUCGAGGUCGCCAAGGAAUAUGAGUAUGUACCACUGGUCUCAAGUUGGCAAUUUGCAUUUACUAACUCGACUUCUUACAGGAUCAACGACAUCUUUGAGUUCAUGGAGGCCAUGGAUCCCUCGGAGAACAAGGAUUACGCCACCCUGGUCAAGCGCCUGGGACUGAACAACAAGCAGCUCGCACAAGCUGCUGCCUUCACCAACGACAAGUACCCCAGCAUCGACCUGGACUUUGAGGUCGAGGACCCGGAGAAUGUCACUUCCGGCGAGCCCGCCUAUCUCAAGGUCAAGAUCCAGCGGGAGGUCGAGGAAGACGACGAAGUCGAUACCGUCGUCCACGCGCCCUUCUACCCCAACCAGAAGAUGGAGAACUGGUGGCUGGUCGUUGGCGAGGAGAAGACCAAGAACCUGUUGGCCAUCAAACGUGUUACUAUUGGUCGCAAGCUUGACUUGCGUUUGGAAUACGUGGUGCCUUCGCCUGGUGAGCAUGAAUUGACGCUGUACCUCAUGAGCGACAGCUAUGUCGGUGUGGAUCAGGCUCCUACCUUCACGGUCAAUGCUGCGGAGGGCAUGGAGGAGGAUGAAAGUGAGGAGGAGGAAGAGGAGUAG